AUGGUGAAGAAAAGAAGAGCUGCUAUAUUACCUACAAAUAUAAUACUAUUACAAAAUGUAGUACGAAGAGAUCCAGAAUCAUAUCAUGAAGAAUUUUUACAACAAUAUUCACAUUAUGAAUCAUUAAGAGAUUUAUAUCUUGAAAAUCCAACAGGUGCAGAUUCAAAUUCAACAACUGAAUUCAUAGAACUAAUAGGAUUUUUAUCAGCUGUUUGUAAUUGUUACCCUAAAGAAACUUCAAAUUUCCCACAAGAAUUAAAAACAAUUUUAUUACAAAAUCAUAAAGAUUUAACAUCAGAAUUACGUGAAAAAAUAAUACAAUGUUUAACAAUGUUAAGAAAUAAAGAUAUAAUAACUGCAGAAAGUUUAAUUCAAACCAUAUUCCCCCUUUUAACAAGUUAUUCAACUGGUCAAUCUGGUCAACAUGUAAAACAAAUGAGAAGACAAAUUUAUUCUACUUUAAUAUCCUUGUUAAAAUCAGUUAAUACAGGAACAAGGAAUCAAAGAUUGAAUAAAUCAACUCAAGCAUUAUUAUUUAAUUUAUUGGAACAAAAAGAUAAUCAAGGGCUUUGGGCAACUAAAUUAACCAGAGAGCUUUGGAGAAGAGGUAUAUGGGAUGAUUCAAGAACAGUUGAAAUAAUGACUCAAGCUGCUUUACAUCCUGAUGUAAAAGUUGCAAUAGCAGGAGCAAGAUUCUUUUUAGGAGCAGAUAAGGAAAGAGAAGAAAAUUUUGAAGAUUCAAGUGAUGAAGAAGGAUUUGAUAUGAGUGCAUUAAAACAUAAAAUGGAAGUAAAUAAAAAAUCACUGAAAAGAAGUAAAAAAAUAGAUCAAGCUGUAAAACAAUUGAAAAAAAAAAACAGUACAAAACAUUCAGCAACUUAUUUAAAUUUUUCAGCUAUUCAUUUAUUAAGAGACCCUCAAGGUUUUGCAGAACAAUUAUUUGAUAAUCAUUUAAGUUCAAAAAAUUCAAAUAAAUUUGAUUUAGAUCAAAAAAUUUUAUUUAUGAAUUUAAUUUCAAGAUUAAUUGGUACUCAUAAAUUAAUUGUAUUAGGUAUAUAUUCAUUUUUUUUAAAAUAUUUAACUCCAAAACAAAGAAAUGUUACUCAAAUAAUGGCUGCUUCAGCUCAAGCAUCUCAUGAUUUAGUACCACCUGAAAAUAUUGAAUUAAUUGUAAGAAAAAUUGCAGAUGAAUUUGUAAGUGAUGGUGUUGCAGCAGAAGUUGCAUCUGCAGGUAUAAAUACAAUAAGAGAAAUAUUAUCAAGAGCUCCAUUAGCUAUUGAAGCUCCAUUAUUACAAGAUUUAACAGAAUAUAAAGGAUCAAAAUCGAAAGCUGUUAUGAUGGCAGCAAGAUCAUUAAUAUCAUUAUAUAGAGAAGUUGCACCAGAUAUGUUAUUAAAAAAGGAUCGUGGUAAAAUUGCAAGUAUAGAAUUACAAAAGGGGGAAAGAAAUUCAAAACCUCAAUAUGGAGUAGAAAAUUCUAUAACUGGAAUACCAGGAUUAGAAUUAUUAGCUAAAUGGAAAGAAGAACAAGGUAUAAAUGGUGAAGAAGAUGAAGAAAAUGAUGCAAACUGGGAGGUUGAUGAAGAUGAUGAAGAUGAUGUUGAAGGUGAUUGGGUUGAUGUUGAAAGUGAUAAGGAAAUAGAUAUAUCUGAUGAUGAUGAAGAUGAUGAAAAAGACGAAGAAAAAAAUGAGGAAGAAGAUGAAGAUGAAGUUUCAGAUCUUGAGUUAUCUUCAGGAGAAGAAGAAGACGGAGAAGAGGAGGAACAAGAAGAUGGACCACCUAAAAAGAAAGUAAAAACAUCCACCACCACAGAAGUUAAAGAUCCACAAGCUGCAAUAAAUGAAAUGUUAUCCUCCAGAAUCCUUACACCAGCAGAUUUUGCAAAAUUAGAAGAAUUAAGAACAGAAGCAGGAGUUUCAAAAAUAAUGGGUAUAACAAACGAAGAUGCAGUUGAUUCAACAACAUUAGUUGGAAAGAUUAAAUAUAAACAAUUAAGAGAAGAAAGAAUUGCACAUGCAAAAGAAGGUAAAGAAGAUCGUUCAAAAUUUGGUUCAAGAAAAGGUAAAAAAGAAAAAGAAAGUUCAACAACAAAUAAAGAAAAAGCAAGAAAGAAAAAUUUUGUAAUGAUGAUUCAUAAAAAAUCAGUUCAAGGUAAACAAAAAUUAUCAUUAAGAGAUAGACAAAAAGUAUUACGAGCUCAUGUUGAUAGACAAAAAAGAGGUGGUAAAAAAGGUAAUAAUUAA